GAAGAAGAAGAAGAAGAAGAAGAAGAAGUGCACGUUAGACCCAGAAUGGAGGUGAAGGUUUACGCGUAAUAAUGAGCGAAUAACGUGUUCGAUUGAGACUAAUCAGAUGUCAGUUUUGAGACGGUGAUUUAUUCCCAAGUAUCACGACAUCAAGAGAAUCUGUCGCGGAAUAGGGGGUUUCAUCACAGUAAGAUCUGUAAACAUGUCCUUAAAACUGACCACUCAAGCGUACUGUAAGAUGCUGCUACAUGCAGCUAAAUACCCUCACUGCGCCGUAAACGGGCUGCUGGUGGCUGAGAAACACAAAAUGAAGGACAGCCCGGGAGACUCCGUGUUGUGCGUGGAUUGUGUACCUCUGUUCCAUGGGGCUUUGGCGUUAGCCCCCAUGCUGGAGGUGGCACUCACAUUGAUUGAUACAUGGUGCAAAGAGAACAAGUAUGUCAUUGCUGGCUAUUAUCAAGCAAAUGAGCGUAUAAAGGAAGCCAGACCUAACCAGGUGGCUGAGAAGGUCGCUGCCAGAAUCUCAGAAAACUUCAGUGAGGCUGCAAUGAUCAUGUUGGACAACAGCAGAUUCACAAUGGAGUGUUUUGUGCCUGUUCUCUUCAUCUAUGAUCAUCAUGAUAACAAGUGGAAGUGCAGAGAGCCAAGCACUGACUGCUUUGAGGAUUGGAUAGAGGCACAGAAGAUCACAGCGGCUCUUCUAGAAAGCAAAUCAUACGAGAGUCUUGUAGACUUCGACAACCAUCUGGAUGACUUACGGAAUGACUGGACCAACCCUGAGAUCAAUAAAUCUGUCUUACAUCUAUGCUGAAGCCAUCUAGAGAUCCUGUCCACCUAACCAAACCAUCAGUACUUAAAUGGAAAGCAUAUCUGGCCAUGGCUGGAUAUUUAGUACUGUAUGUGACAUGCUCUCUCACUGAGCAGAAAGAUUUACGAACUGAAACGGAUCAUUGUAAGUGCUGCAUCCUCAUGUUUGAAAACACUGAGGUGACUCCAGGAAAUCUGAUGUCAAAUAGGUUUUAUACCCAUUUUCAUGCGAUCAUUUGUAUAAGACUCAAUUGUAAAGUUUUGAAUGUUUUUAGAAUAGUUUUAUUCAACUUAACUAACUGAUAACUGAUUACUCCCCCUCACCUUUUUUGUUGGCAAGAAUCUUUAGUUUCAAUUAAAGGUGUGGUUAUUUACUUUCCUUAACUACUUGAAUUGCUCAAAUGAAAAUAUUUUACUUCAGUUUAGAAAUUAAUAUUUAGAUUUAUAAGAUAAGAGAUUGCUUUUAUGUUUGGAGGAGACCAAUUAUGAUUUGGUAGUGGUGGAAGAAUAAAUAUUUUUUGACUUAGAUUUUUCAGUAAAUUAAGGAUUAGACUUUAGGUAUGAGACCUUCAUGAUUGUAAAGUUUUAUAGAAAAAUGAAUAAAAAAUAAACAUUCUUGCUUUUCAAAAUGA